AUGGGGUCCUGGAUCGUGAAUUUUGUUUCGGUGGCGACUCAGACGGGAGAAUUCCCUGUGGAUACGGCCAGGAGGGCACCUGUGCCGGUAAUAUCAUACUCUGAGUCGGAAUGCCACAUACCGUUGCCCCUGACAUUUUGUAACUCGGAUGUGACUAUUUGGGGAGGGGUUCGCCCUGAACCGGUGGACUGCUUGGGUGAUCUUCCGGAGGCGUAUGAUGCACUCGCAGGGGUGGUGGGGCCUCGGGAAUCGGUGGGUGGGAGCCCACCGGGAGAAGGGGUCAGGUCGCCAGGGAUUGCGUCACCCUCUGGUACUGCGGUCCAACAUGAUUUUGGGAGUCCUAUCCUCGUACCGGGAGCCGAAGCCGCCAAGGUUUCUACCCCGGUAGUGAAGGUUCCUCAAGACCAUCCAGCAUGUCCGUGCUGUGGUACGAGGGUGGUGAAAGUAACGGCGUUGUCAGAACAUCUUAGGAGGGCCCACGGUCGGAAACGGGUCCUAUUUCAGUGCUCCCGAUGCGGGAGGAUGAAUGAGAAACAUCACAGCAUCGCGUGCCAUCUCCCGAAGUGCCAGGGGCCCCCAGUUGAGGAGGGUCGCCUGGGUGCACCUGAGUGGUGCUGUGAGGAGUGCGGGCAGAAAUUUAACACCAAGAGAGGCCUGUCUCAGCACAAAAGAUCUGUGCACCCACUUACGAGGAAUGUGGAACGGAUAGAGGCAGCUCGUCCGCACCCACUUACGAGGAAUGUGGAACAGAUAGAGGCAGCUCGUCCGAAAGGAAAAGGGAAGCGUGGUGCCCACAAAGGCUGUUGGAUCGAGGCGGAGGUGGCCCAGCUGAUUGAACUGGAGGGGAGAUUCAAGAACCAGCGAUUUAUCAACAAGCUGAUCGCGGAGCAUUUGCCAUCGAAAUCGGCAAAGCAGAUCAGCGAUAAGAGAAGGCAGCUGGCGGCAGCAAUCAAGACAUCGUCGCCCGAGAAAAGGGUAACAUCAUCAACGAGUGGGGAGUCCUCCCCUGAAGUGGAAAAGGUGGAGGGUAUCAAGAGAGAAUAUAGAAGGCGUGUUGGAGAGUGGUUGUGCGCUGGGUCCCUGAAGGACCAGACAUCGUUCCAGAAGAUCUUGGAAGAUGUGGAGAGCGGCUCCGAGAUUGUCACCGGUCCGCUGGAGGAACUGGUCUCCUUUGCAAGGGGGAAGCUUGUUCUCUCCCUGCGGGAUCUGGUGAAGUUUGAUCCCCAGGGCGGUCGCAUGGCUGAAGUAUUCAACCUGUGGCUGUUGGCUGGAAGGAUCCCGGACCAAGUGAAGGCGGGCCGAACGGUCCUUAUCCCGAAGUCUACCGAUCCCGGGAAGAUCGAGAACAUUGACAACUGGCGGCCCAUUACCAUCGGGUCGGUUAUCCUCAGAAUGUUCUCUCGGAUUUUGAGCUCUAGACUGCGGCGAGCAUGCCCCAUCAAUAGAAGGCAAAGGGGGUUUAUAGCAGCCCCUGGCUGCUCGGAAAAUCUAAAGCUUCUCCAGGCGCUAAUUAAGAGCGCGAAGCGAGAUCAUAGGACCCUUGGAGUCGUGUUUGUUGAUUUGGCUAAGGCCUUCGACUCUGUGAACCACCAACAUAUCUUCCAAGUCCUGGUCCAGAAGGGUGUCGAUGGACAUAUUAUUGACAUCCUAAGAGACCUGUAUACCAACGCUGGAAUGUAUCUGGAGUCAGGUUCCCAGCGAUCGGGAUUUAUUAAGAUCCUCAGGGGAGUGAAACAGGGGGACCCACUCUCUCCCAUCCUGUUCAAUCUUGCAUUAGAUCCUUUGCUGUGCUGCCUGGAAGAUCGGGGCCUCGGUUAUAAGUAUGGAGACCAACAAAUAUCAUCGUUGGCAUUAGCGGAUGAUCUUGCUCUGCUCAGUGACUCUUGGGAGGGUAUGCAGCGGAGUAUUCGGGUGGUAGAGGAAUUUUGUCAACGGACCGGGCUGCGGGUUCAAGCCAAAUGCCACGGGUUUUUGAUUAGGCCAACUAAAGAGUCAUAUACCAUCAAUGACUGUGACCCGUGGACGAUUGCAGAUAUACAAUUAGAUAUGAUCGAUCCGGGCAGUUCCGAGAAGUAUCUUGGCCUAGGGAUAGACCCAUGGAUUGGUCUAUCGAGAUCGGAACUGUCUGAGCUGCUGACCCGUUGGGUGAAGAACAUCGGGGGUGCCCCCUUGAAGCCACUCCAGAAGGUGGACAUCUUGAGGAGCUACGCCCCACCAAGGCUGCUGUUCAUUGCAGAUCACGCAGGCCUGAGUGCCACCAGUUUCCAUUCCCUUGACCUUUUGAUAAGAUCUGCCAUCAAGGGCUGGUUACAUCUACCGCCUAGUACGUGUGACGGUAUUAUUUACGUCAGCUACAAGGACGGCGGACUGGGUCUUCCCCGUCUGGCGAGCCUAAUUCCAAAUGUACAGGCUCACAGGUUGGUGCGGAUCGCCCAAUCGGAGGAUGACGUCAUCAGGAGUGUGGUACUCCAGGAGGGUAUCCAGGAGGAGAUCCGGAAAGUCUGAAUCUCGGCUGGGGGGCGACCCGAGAAGGUUCCAUCUGUGACGGGGGAGUUCCCAGUGUUGGAGGCUCAGGCGGCUGACGAGGCCCUAUCCGAGUGGGAGAAGCGAGCUCCACGAACCAUCUAUCCCAUUCGCUGUAAGUGGAGGAAAAGAAAAAUGGAUAAUUGGACCAAUCUAAAAUUGCAAGGCCACAGGAUUUGGAACUUUGAAAGUGACCAAAUCAGUAAUGAUUGGCUUCUGCAUUAUGGCCACAUUCCUCACUGCAAACUAAUAACAGCUAUCCAGUUGCGGGCCAAUGUCUAUCCCACACGGGAGUUUUUGGCCCGCGGCCUGGGCAUCCCACACGGGAGUUUUUGGCCCGCAGCCUGGGCGAGGGUGCACCCAGGGGAUGUAGACACUGCCCCACUUGUUCCCACAUAA